AUGGCAGAAAUUGGAAAAUUAAAAAUAGCAACAUUAGUAUUGGUAUUUAUAUCGAUAUGUCUAUUGGUUGCAGGUAUGGCAACCAGAUGGUAUUACAUUAAUUAUGCAGAUACCGUAAAUGGUAUAACAUAUGACAUUUCAAUGUAUUCACCUAAAAUAGUUUCAACAAUAGAAACAUUAACAACGUCAAGUACUUCAGAUAAUAUGGAUUGGGGCGAUUUUGAUUUAAAAAAUACUCGUAAUAUAUUUAAUACUGGAUUAGCAUUUUCAGCAUUUGCAUUCAUGAUUGGAUUUUUUAUAAUUAUAAUUACAAUUUUAAAUCAAAUUGGAAUUUUAAGAAAUGAAAAGAUAUGGACAAUCGCAAGAUUUAUGGUAAUUGGUAUGUUGAUUUGUACAUUUAUUUCAGUUUGUGUUAUGGCUGGUACAACUAAAGCAUUUGAAAAGGAUGAAGAUAAUGGUACAAAAUUCAUUUAUUGUGUGAAAACUUGUGAUUCAAAAUGGAGAGGAACUGUUAGUGUUGGUGGUUUGAUUGUAAAAUUCGGACCUGGAACUGGUUGGAUUUUAGUUAUCAUUUCAUUAUUUGUUGAAAUCACUGCAACUAUUUGUGUUGUUUUAAGUUUUAUUUCCAGACCUGAAUAG